UGUAAAGUACAUUUACAUUCUCUCUACUCUAUAUCUGAUAUUUAUUUUAUAUAUUGUCGCCAUAUUCACAUGUGGUUUUAAACAAAAUCUAUUAAGAAUGGAUAUCAUGAAGAUUUUAGCUUUGCUGUUGUUUUAUUGUCACUGCAUUAAAAUGGAAGAUCACCAAGAGGAUCUUGAAGAUCGGAUACUUAAGGUUCAACGGCGAAUAAAUGCACUGAAAGAGGAUUUACAGGCUAUAGAGUCAAACGCUGAAAUGACAGAGACUGACUUAGAAGAAAACAAAAACUCUCUCGAGCAGAUGUUUUAUAACUUAAACAAAAUAUUUGAUGGGAACAAGUUGCAAGAUAUUAAAGAUAGAUUUAGUAAGCAUUAUUUGAAAAGAGAGCGAAGAAAGCUUUUUAAACUGCUUCAAGAGCCAAAAGAAAAUGAAGCUGGAGAACAAGAAGAUAACAAAAAGCAACAAGACCAAAAGGAUUCAAUGGAUCAAAUGACUGAAGAUGUUGAUCAGGAUUUAAAUACAACUUUGGAAUUUGAAGAUUUUGGCGUUGUGUUUAGAGCGUCUAAGUUAACAAAGACAACUUUCGGAGAAGACACGGAAAACACGCAAAAGGAAACCAUCAUCUUCUCCAACAUAGAAUACAAUGUUGGUGAAGGCUACAACUCAACUACAGGGUUAUUCACAACGCCGAGGAAAGGCACAUAUCUGUUCACUGUCCAGUUUUAUGUCAAGUAUCAUUACCGCAUUGAGGCUGGGAUAUUUGUAAACGGUGAAAAUACCAUAGCAAUUACAUCUCUGUCUCCUGGAAAUAACGCAUGCUACAAUUUUGAAGGAAUAACAAACCUGGAAAAGGGAGAUGUGGUACAAGUAACGCAUUUGUACUCUAAAGGUGAUCGUGGAUUGGAUAAUGAGUUAAACUCAAACUUCUUUUCAGGUGCAAUGAUAAGAUAACUGUAGAUUCAUCUCAAACAUUAUGAAAUAUUUGUGCCUGAAAUAUGACAUUAAAUAUAACCUUUGCCUGCAUAUAUUGAGUGUCAUGCUCUUUGUACUUUAUCUAUAUAUAUAUUCUAAUUUAGUAAUGUUGUAACAAAAUAAAUUUAUAUCAUUUGA